AUGAGAUUGCAUGCUAGCAGGCUUACUGACGGCAAGGCAUGGGCUAUAAAGAAGAUUUGGCUUGAUAUGCACAAUUACAGGGGUUUGGAGACAUAUAACCUAAUUUUUACUGUUAAAUGGGCUGCAGUAAAGGUUGUCAAUGAUGAAGUUUUUGGUGGGCAUGAUGAGUCUUAUGCUCAAUUACCUACAUAUGCUGAAGUGGUCAAGGAGACUAAUCAAGAAUCUGCAGCAUUUGUAGUUUCGCAAGAAAGUGAAUACAUAACAAGGAAGGGGUUUCUCGGAGGUUUCAGACCCCUAAUUGGUGUUGAUGGGGCACAUUUAAAAGGAAACUAUGGGUUGAUUAUUCAUUCAAUUUUCAGAAUGAAGAGAAAACGCACUCCAAAUGAAAUGCAAAACAUUACUAGCUUCUUUGCUAAAAAGAAUCCUACUUCAACUUCUCUUCCACAUCCAACACAAAAUGAACAAACUAUAUCUCCGCCUCAACAACGUGAACAAACUAUAUCUCCACCUCAACAAAGUGAACAACAUUCAUCUCCAUCUAAUUAUUCAACUCAAAAUUCCCCUCAAAAUGAACAAGGCCAAUGUUCUCGUAAUGCCCCAAUCUUUGGUGAAAGAUUAAGUGAACAUGAAUUUGCUAAUCUUCCACAAGAUCCAGGAAAGAGGAGAAAGAUGAGUCAAUUCCAUAAAGAUGAUAGAGAUUUAGUGAGAAGAAUUUACAUUCAAAGAAAGCCUUGUCAGCACAAAGACUUUAUAUUUCCUCAAACUUCAAUUUUUGGCAAAAAUCGUCGCUUUUGUGCUAAGUGGUUUGAUACUUGGACUUGGCUUGAGUAUAGUGUGGAAAAGGAUGCUGCCUAUUGUUUCCCUUGUUAUCUAUUCAAGGAUGAAAAUGCAUUUGGAGGUGAUGCUUUUGUUAGUGAUGGUUUCAAAUCAUGGAAUCGAUCGGAUUUAAUAAGAAAACAUGUGGGUAAGCACAUGAGUGCACAUAAUAAUGCAGUGUUAGCUAUGGAUUUUUUCAAGAAGCAAAAGUCAAGCAUCACACAAGCCUUGACAAAACAAACCGCUGAGAGUACAAAUGCAUAUAGGAAGCGACUUGAAGCUUCAAUUGAAGCAAUCCAAUGGCUAUUACUCCAAGGGUUGCCUUUCCGUGGUAACCCUGAAUAUUCUAAAGUUUUUUUCAAAAAUGCUCCUAGUAAUUGUCAACUUACUUCUCCAAAAGUCCAAAAAGAUAUCAUAAAUGCAUGUGCAAAAGAGACAACUAAAGCAAAGCUUGAAGAUAUUGAUGGUGGUUUGUUUUCUAUCCUUGCUGAUGAGACCGCUGAUGUUUCUGACAAGGAACAAUUGGCUCUUUGUUUGAGAUAUGUUAAUAGAAAGAGAGAAGUGUGUGAGUGUUUACUUGGUAUUGUGCAUGUUGUAAACACUGCUUCUUUGACUCUCAAAACUGCUAUUGAAUCCUUAUUAAUGGAGCAUUCUUUGUCUUUCUCUCAACUACGGGGUCAAGGUUAUGAUGGGAGAAUGAGUGUAAAGAAGCUUAUUUUGUCCACCUGCUUUGCUCACCAACUUCAAUUGACUCAAGUUGCACUUGCUAAAAAGAAUUCAGAUUGUGCUUGGUUAUUUGUUGAUGUACUUGCACCCCUGUUGAACUUUGUGGGGGGUUCACCAAAAAGGAAAGAGUUUCUUCGUGAAAAUCAAGCUCAAAGAGUGGUGGAUGCUUUGUCUCUAGGUGAACUUGAAACGGGUUCAGGUUUAAAUCAAGAACGUGGAUUAGGUAGACCUUGUGAUACUCGUUGGGGAUCUCACUUCAAGACAAUCUUGAAUGUACUUGAUUUAUUCCCUGUAAUCCUUGGUUCUCUUGAGGAUAUUGCAAAAGUAUCUGAUACAAUAGAUUCUAAUAGAGCUCAAACACUUACAAAUCUUCUGAUGUCCUUUGAUUUUGUGUUUGUGGCACACUUGAUGGUUAGUAUAUUUGCGAUAACAAAUGCUUUGAAUGUGGCCUUACAAAAGCACGAUCAAGACAUUGUGAAUGCAAUGGCCAUGGUUAAUGUAACCAAGACUAAUUUGCAAAAAAUGAGAGAUGAAGGAUGGGAUUCUCAUAUGGAACAGGUCAUUUCUUUUAUUGGUGACUAUGACAUUGCAGUUCCAGAUAUGGAGGCUAAAUAUGUUGUUCCCGGGAGGAGGUUGUUUCGAGGUAAAUGCCCACAAGUGUCUAAUUUACAUCAUUUUCGAGUUGAAGUUUUUUUUGGUGUCAUUGAUCUUCAAUUGCAAGAACUUGAAAAUCGAUUUCCCGAAAUAACUAAAGAACUACUUGUGUGUAUGUCUUGUUUGAGUCCUGUGGAUCGUUUUUCUAAGUUUGACAAGGAAAAAUUGAUUAAGCUUGCGAAAUUCUAUCCUAAUGAAUUUCCAAGUUCAGAAUUGAUAGUCUUUGGUCAUACACUUGAGAGUUACAUUUGUUCUAUUAGAGGAGAUGAAAGGUUUUGGAAUUUGAAGGGUCUUAGUGAGCUUUCAAUCAAAUUGGUUGAAACGGGAUUGUCUGAAACUCAUGAUAGGGUCUAUUUACUUUUGAAGUUGGUGUUGCUUCUUCCUGUCGCAACGGCAAGUGUGGAAAGGGUAUUUUCUGGCAUGAAGCAAGUGAAAGACAAACUACGAAAUAGUAUGGGAGAUCAAAUGCAUGCUAUAAGGGCAAUGGAUCAUGUAAAGGUUGACCGUUACAAUUACAUAAGCUAUUGGUAUUCUGUGGAGACAUACAAGAAAGUAUAUAACUACCAUAUUCAUCUAGUGCCUGAUAUUAGUCAGUGGCCAUCUAUGGAUGCUUUCCCUAACAUUUUUCCACCUAAAAUGAAAAGAGGGGUUCGUAGAUCCAGUGUAAAUAGAAAAACGGAACAAGGAGAGGAUGUACUUGGGAAAAGAUCAAGGAUAGUAAAGUACAAGAAAUGUGAUUGUAUUGGUCACAACUCUAGGUACUGCAUAGGAGGGUUAACUGGUAAGGAACUAAGGGCAAUAGAUGAGCCAAUUGUGGUGACAAACCUUAGGGUUAGAGAUUAG